UCUACUUUAACGUGUCCUGCGGUUCCUGAACGCAGCACGUGAUACCGUUCCGCGGGAGAGAAGCGCGCGGCCUUUCCCUCCGUCAGCACCGGAUGUAACGGGACGUCUCUCUCCUGCCACCGUCACCGUUUCCCGCCCCAUCAUCACACAGAGACGCACCGAGCACCGGCUCCCUCCGCCUGCACCGCCCUGAGGAGCGCGUGAACACUUAUAAUCUGCUGCGAGCCGCGCAGCGACCGGAACCGAGAGAGAGCGCGAGGCUGCCGGCAGGAUGGAGCUCAUCACGAUCCUCGAGAAGACGGUGUCUCCAGAUCGGAAUGAACUGGAGGCUGCGCAGAAGUUUCUGGAGCAGGCUGCUAUAGAGAACCUGCCGACCUUCCUGGUGGAGCUGUCCAAGGUGUUGGCAAACCCAGGCAACACCCAGGUGGCUCGCGUAGCCGCCGGCCUGCAGGUGAAGAACUCUCUGACCUCCAAAGAUCCCGACGUGAAGACGCAGUACCAGCAGAGAUGGCUCGCCAUCGACGCCAACGCUCGCCGCGAGAUCAAAAACUACGUGUUACAGACUCUGGGGACGGAGACGUACCGUCCCAGUUCGGCGUCCCAGUGCGUUGCUGGUAUCGCCUGUGCAGAGAUCCCAGUCAACCAGUGGCCCGAGCUCAUCCCACAGCUGGUGGCCAACGUCACCGACCCUUCCAGCACCGAACACAUGAAGGAGUCCACGCUGGAGGCCAUCGGAUACAUCUGCCAGGACAUUGAUCCAGAGCAGCUUCAGGAGAACGCUAACCAGAUCCUGACAGCGAUCAUCCAGGGGAUGAGGAAGGAGGAGCCGAGCAACAAUGUUAAACUGGCUGCUACCAACGCUCUGCUCAACUCCCUGGAGUUCACCAAGGCCAACUUUGAUAAGGAGACGGAGAGACACUUCAUCAUGCAGGUUGUGUGUGAAGCGACGCAGUGUCCCGACACCAGAGUGAGUGACAUCACAGGAGCCAAUCAGGUGCGGGUUGCAGCCUUACAGAACCUGGUGAAGAUCAUGUCUCUGUAUUAUCAGUACAUGGAGACGUACAUGGGUCCAGCUCUGUUCGCCAUCACCAUCGAGGCGAUGAAGAGCGACAUCGACGAGGUCGCUUUACAGGGCAUCGAGUUCUGGUCCAACGUGUGUGACGAGGAGAUGGAUCUGGCCAUCGAGGCCUCAGAGGCCUCGGAGCAGGGACGGCCCCCAGAGCACACCAGUAAAUUCUACGCUAAAGGAGCUCUGCAGUACCUGGUGCCCAUCCUGACCCAGACGCUCACCAAGCAGGACGAGAACGACGACGAUGACGACUGGAACCCGUGCAAGGCGGCCGGCGUGUGUCUGAUGCUGCUGGCGACGUGCUGCGAGGACGACGUGGUUCCUCACGUUCUGCCCUUCAUCAAAGAACACAUCAAACAUCCAGACUGGCGUUACCGCGACGCCUCCGUCAUGGCGUUCGGCUCCAUCCUCGAAGGACCAGAACUCAACCAGCUGAAGCCGCUGGUCAUCCAGGCGAUGCCCACCCUGAUCGAGCUGAUGAAGGACCCCAGCGUGGUGGUGAGGGACACCACGGCGUGGACGGUGGGGAGGAUCUGUGAGCUGCUGCCUGAAGCUGCCAUUAAUGAGAUGUACUUGGCUCCGCUGCUGCAGUGUCUCAUCGAAGGUCUGGGGGCCGAACCCAGAGUGGCCUCCAACGUCUGCUGGGCCUUCUCGUCUCUGGCUGAAGCCGCCUACGAAGCCACAGACGCAGCAGAGGACCAAGAGGAGCCGAGCACCUACUGCCUGUCCUCCUCCUUCGAGAUCAUCGUCCAGAAACUGCUGGAGACCACAGACAGACCCGACGGACACCAGAACAACCUGCGCUCUGCCGCCUACGAGGCUCUGAUGGAGAUCGUUAAGAACAGCGCCAAAGACUGUUACCCUGCGGUCCAGAAGACGACGCUCGUCAUCAUGGAGAGACUGCAGCAGGUCCUGCAGAUGGAGUCUCACAUCCAGAGCACCUCAGACAGAAUCCAGUUCAACGACCUGCAGUCUCUGCUGUGUGCCACUCUACAGAACGUGCUGCGUAAGGUGCAGCACCAGGACGCCCUGCAGAUCUCAGACGUGGUGAUGGCGUCUCUGCUCAGGAUGUUCCAGAGCACAGCGGGAUCAGGAGGCGUUCAGGAGGACGCUCUGAUGGCCGUGUCCACGCUGGUAGAAGUUCUGGGCAGUGACUUCCAGAAGUACAUGGAUGCCUUUAAACCGUUCCUGGGGAUCGGACUGAAGAACUACGCUGAGUAUCAGGUGUGUCUGGCAGCGGUGGGUCUGGUGUGCGACCUCUGCAGAGCUCUGAUGUCCAACAUCCUGCCUUACUGUGACGAGAUCAUGCAGCUGCUGCUGGAGAACCUCGGGAAUGAGAACGUCCAUCGGUCGGUGAAGCCUCAGAUCCUCUCAGCGUUCGGUGACAUCGCUCUGGCCAUCGGAGGAGAGUUUAAGAAAUAUCUGGACAUCGUGCUGGACACUCUGCAGCAGGCGUCCCAGGCUCAGGUGGACAAGACUGACUACGACAUGGUGGACUACCUGAACGAGUUGAGGGAGGGCUGUCUGGAGGCGUACACCGGGAUCAUCCAGGGCCUGAAGGGAGACCAGGAGAACGUCCACCCGGACGUGAUGCUGGUGCAGCCCCGGGUGGAGUUCAUCCUCUCCUUCAUUCAUCACAUAGCGGAGGAUGAAGAUCAUUCUGACGGAGUCGUGGCGAACGCUGCCGGACUCAUCGGUGACCUGUGCACGGCGUUCGGUAAAGACGUCAUGAAGCUGGUGGAGGUUCGUCCGCUGAUCAACGACCUGCUGACGGAGGGACGACGCUCCAAAACCACCAAAACCAAGACGCUGGCUACCUGGGCCACCAAGGAGCUCCGCAAGCUCAAGAGCCAGGCCUGAUUUUGGCGGCGGGGAAAGCGAGCGAGCGAUGAGACGACUUCAGAGAACAACGAGACAAACUGCUGCUGGAAGCUUCGUGUUUGUGCUGCAAACACCAGAGAAGUGAUGAUGAUGAUGAUGACGACCACGACGAUGAUGAUGAUGAUGAUGAGUGUCUGUGUGAGCGAGCGAGACCAUGACAUCACACCACCUUCAGUUCCAGCAGGCGACCCCCCCCUUCCUUCCCUCCCCCCCCCCCCCCCCCCCCCCCCUGUGGACUGGACUCUUUGACUUCCCUGAUAAACAGAAACAACCCCCCCCCCCUCAGCCCCUCCCCUCUCCUCCCACAAUCCACCUCUCUCUCUCGCCGUAGCCGGGCUCGCUAACAUCUACGACACGACGAUGACGUCACCGACCUGCCGCCCUCCACGCCGAGCCCCCCGGGGGGGGGAGGGGGGACUAAACCCAAAUAUAAGACUUAGUGGAAUCAAAGCUUAAAGAAUCGACUCUGGAGGACUUCUGUGGAAACUUUUUGGAUUUUUGUUGCUCUUCUUUUUCUUCUUCUUCUUCUUCCUCUAAAAGCACUCUGUGGUCGCGGACUCUGAUUGGUGAACCAGCGACGGAGAUCUAACGGACAACACCGCGCCCCUCCCCCACCUCCCCCUCCCCCCCCACCUCCCAACAACUGCAGCACUAACACGGGGUGACAGUGAACCCAACAGUGCCAAACGGAAAGAGAAGCGUGUGCGAGCUGCGGGCCGAGCGCUCGCUGUGGGAAACGGCUCACUCACCAUUUAUGCUUGUUUAAAAAAAAAACACAAAAAAAAAAGAAUUGAGAGAAUUGAAGACGUUUGUAUAAGGUUCUAUUUUUCCAUUGCUAUGAUGAAAAUAAAGUUAAAAAGAAAAAAAACAAUAAAAUGAUAUGAAACAUUCCCCAAGCAGUUCUGGUGAUUUGGGUUCUUGUCUGUUGGACUCCGGGACUGACGGACGUUUGGACGUUUGGACUCUUCAGUUCGGUGUUCGCCUCCCACCGUCGGUUUGUUUACUCGACGACGACACAAAAGAACCAUGAUUUUUUUUUUUUAACUCACUUCAUUGCUUGUUUUUUGGUAGCAGCUCGCUGACGGGGAAAAGUUCUGUCGGGACGUUUGUAGUUGGUGUGAAGUUCAGACGCUGCGGAGCAAACGUCUCCAGGUCUGCACGCGCUUCACUUUCUGUCAAUCACACAUCAGCUGGAACUAAAACACACACACACACACACACACACACCGCCCCAAAUGUUGUGGAAUCUGGUUUAAAUUGGACGUGUUUGCGGGUGGAAAGUGAGGCGGGUCGGCCUCGGAGCGGGCUCACUCUCUCUGGAGGCGCCGCAGCCGCUUCCUGUGUUGACGUGAUGAACAUGAAACUCGAUUAUUACUGAAUUGUGAAUCAUUUAAAGCCAAUCUGCUUUUUAUUUCAUAUUCAAACUUUAGUGAACUAAUAAAGUCUAUAUUGUACUGAA